AUGGCCGACAGGGUUGAUCUCACCAGAGCCUUGGGAAGGGCCGUGGAUCGAAAGGAUAUGGCUGUCAUCGAUAUCUUAUUAGCCAGCGGCGCCAAGUGCGAUUUCGAGGACUCUGAUCGACCUCCUCCUCCUUCUAGAGGCUACUAUUUCCUCGACGUCCCGCACAAUGAAGAUUAUAUGCCUCCUCUUGUCCGAGCCGUCAGGCUGGGUAACAUGGAGCUGGUGCGAUUACUACUUGCACACGGCGCAGAUGUUAAUGUGGGAUACCAUGAGUUUCAUGGAGAGCGCCUAUCUCUCUUUAUAGAUGUGACGUGCGGAAGGGUGAUAGAGGCGGCCAUGGAGCUGGGACACCGGGAUAUAGUUGAGCUGUUUCUAGAGAUGGGGGCGGAUAUUCAUCUGCCGCAGCCGACCUGGCAGUUUCGCGACUGUUGGAUGAUAGCAAGGCCGGUUUACUUGAGAGUUAGGACGCAAUUGAGGGAGGUUGAAGCGGCGUGGCAGUCGGCAAGAGAUUCGGCUGAAUGGGUAGUUGUGUAG